CUUUUUUUAAGAAUGUGGUCCCGACGUGGUAUUUGCGGUAGAUAACAGCUACAGUGUAAAGCGAGAAGUAUUAAAAGACGUGACAACGUUAAUGGCAAACAUAGUCAACCAGUUCGAAGUUGGUCCCCGUCAGACAGAAGUGCAGUUUGCAGCCCUGGUAUUCGACAAGACCGUCAAAGACCAGUUUUACUUAAAUACUAACAACACAAAAGAUGGAGUCUUGGACAAUAUUGCUGGCUUAUUUAUGGAGUUAGACGGGAGGAAAACAAGAACAGAUAAAGCUCUUAAGCAAAUCUCUGAGGAGUACUUGGAUAAAAAUGGAGAUCGGCCUAACAAUAAGAAUUUUGUUUGUAUCAUAACCGAUGGUGUGACGCAUCCAAAACGUUUUAAGCCAAAAGCUGUAGCACUAGCCAGGAAACUUGAGGGACAUCCUUACAAUGCAGAUGUCAUUGUAGUUGGCUUACCCCACAAGCGAGCUAAAGACCCUGGGACCCACUGGAAUGAUCUUGCUACCGACCCCGAUGCGGAACACACGUUUCUGCCACCUCUUUAUCAAGUUGCUGAUUUAAGCCUCGCCAAAGCCAUAGCAUCAAAAAUAGGCACAUUUGCUUGUAAUCAAAAAUGAAAAAAUAAAUGUUUCGAAUACUGUAUGAAAAUCUA